CUAAAAGCACCGGCAUUUUGAUUAAAGUUUGACUAAACCAUUUUUUUUUAAAAAACCCUAUUUUAAGGAGAAUCAAAUCAAAAUGAGUACUAAAAAUUAGAAAAUCUUCUAGGUAACUGAUCAAUUUAUCGUUGGAAAUUAUAAGGUCAGUGCUGAGGGCUCUGGAUAGUUAGUAAUUCAAAGUCGAAUUUCAAAAUCGGGAAAUAUCAAAGCAAUAACGAAAGGCAGCGCUGCCGACGUCCCUGCUGUUGUUCAGCACUAAGUGCACCGGCAAAAGUGCCGUACGAUGUGGCCGGUCUGAGAUUCAAAGCUAAAUUUAUCUAGAUUUCACAUUGGGUUCACCCCUUCCCCACGGUACAGCGACCACGACCCACCCCACCGUAUCAUCAAUCAGCUUGGCUAGCCGCCGAACGCCGACAUGGCGAUGCCAUCGAUCUCAACGAUAUUGGGCGUGGUAUUCCUGGCCUACAUCGCCCAUUCCAUCUACCAGAUGUCGCAGCUCUUCACGACGCUGAGCUGCACGGCCCAGCCGUGCUACACGUCCUUCCUGGCGGAGAAGCCGCGCAUGCAGCUGGCGCUCUUCACCUCGCGCACACUGCAGCCGAUUGCCAGCGAGGUACAGGACAUCUACAAGGCGAAGCGCUUCGACUACAGCCGCCCCUUCGAGCACGACUUUGAGGUGGAGGUGCCGUUGCGGACGCGCCGCAACGGCACGCUCUACAUGCAUGUGGUCCUGGCGCUGGAGGGUGAGCCGCUCGAGUGGCGCAGCCUUCGCCGCGACGGUCCCACCGUCCUGCACACGCUCAGUCUCACCGAUUACAUGGUGCCCCGUGCCGAGGCAUUUAAUCUGCUGGGACGAGACGGCGGAUAAGCCUAAGCUGGGCGGAGGAGGAAAAUCUGUGCAGGGUAAGGUGGCUGGCAAGCAGGGAGCAGCCGCCGGACGACCCAGCACCCACAUGAGGUCCAAUGUGUAUGUGACACUGCUGACGGAUCUGUUCUCGGUGUCGCAGGCGGAUGUGCCGCCGGAGAUGGCCCAGCUGAUACGCGUCAAUCGGAUGCAGCAGAUCCUGCCCAUACUCCAGACGGACACGUUCAACACACGCAUGAAGGACCUGGUGGCCAUCACGCGCAACACAACCGAAUUCACAUUCAGCUUCCACUACAAGCCCGUGGGCGUGGGCAAGCUCCGCCUGAUGCUGCUCAUGGAGCACGCCACCCAGGCGCUGCUCACGAUCGGCUUUGCCACCAAGGACAUUGACGAGGUCAAGGGCAUAUUCUCCGACACGAACGUCUAUCUGCUAUGCGGCACCAUCUUAGUGUCCAGCAUUCAUAUGCUCUUCGAUUUCCUCAGCUUCAAGAAUGACGUCUCCUUCUGGCGCCAGAAGCAGUCGUACGAGGGCCUCUCCACCCGCACCACCCUGUGGCGGGCCUUCUCGCAGUUUGUGAUCUUUCUGUAUCUGCUGGACGAGAACACCUCGUAUCUGGUGAUAGUGCCCGUCGGCCUGGGCACCCUCAUCGAGCUGUGGAAGAGCAAGAAGAUACUGCGCCUCGAGCUGAGCUUCAGCGGCUUUGUGCGCCGCAAGCUGGAGAAGCAGACGGACGACGAGCAACCGAAUGGCCAGCUGGCCGAACAGCAGACGGAUCAGUUUGAUCGCCAGGGCAUGCGGUACCUCAGCUAUCUGCUCUAUCCGCUGUGCCUGGGCGGGGCCGUCUACUCGCUGCUGUACCAGCCGCAUCGCUCCUGGUACUCCUGGACCCUCAACUCCAUGGUCAACGGGGUGUACGCCUUUGGCUUCCUGUUCAUGCUGCCCCAGCUGUUUGUCAACUACAAGCUCAAGUCGGUGGCUGCCUUGCCCUGGCGCUCCUUCAUGUACAAGGCCUUCAAUACGUUCAUCGAUGACUUUUUUGCGUUCAUCAUCACGAUGCCGACGGCUCAUCGUGUGGCCUGCCUGCGCGACGACAUUGUCUUCCUUAUAUAUUUAUAUCAGCGCUGGCUCUAUCCCGUCGACAAGACUCGCCUGGAUACGGGUUUGGCAAUCACCGAAACGGCACCAGGACCGGCGACGGCAACACCAGCAGCAGCUGUAGCCGCAGCAGCCACUGAGCCACGAACUGCGGCUAGCCGGAAGAAGCGCAACUGAAAGAUGCAUUUGAUAAAUGGAGAGACAGAAAGUAGAUUGCACAUUCCAUUCCGUCUUUAGCUGCUAGGUCUAGCCUAAGAGCGUGGUCAAUUUUUAGCCCCUAGAUUUGAUAAAAUCCUCAACAACUCCGUCAAGUAGAAUUUGUAGCAACAAAAGAACAAUUAAAAAACAAAAACAAAAAGAAGGCCCCCCAAAAGGCCCUUUGAUGUAGUC